CUUUGCUCCCAAUUAGCAUUUUCGAAUCUGAGAGUAAAUAAGAGAUGAAUUUAUUGAUAAACGUCACCUUGUCUGAAGAGAGAUUUACAUGGUUAUCAAAACGGCACGCCAGGCAAAUGGUGAUGAGCCUUCGUGUUUCAGAGCUACAAGUGUUACUAGGCUACGCAGGACGCAACAAACACGGCCGCAAACAUCAACUGUUGACCAAAGCCCUGCACCUCCUUAAGGCCGGCUGCAGCCCCGCUGUCCAGAUGAAGGUGAAGGAGCUGUACAGGCGCCGCUUCCCCGCCAAGAUGCUGUCUCCGGUGGAUCUGGCCCUACCCAGUGUCCACUCCACCUCCAGCCUGCCCGGAGGCCUCACCUCGCUGGGGUUCGACAGCCACGGAUCCCCCUCGCCUGGCUCUCUGCUGGUGCCCAAACAGGAGCUGGGCCUUCACCCCGUACACCCUGACGUGAAGCUCCAGAGGCUGCCCUUCUACGACAUGUUGGAUGAGCUCAUCAAACCCACCAGCCUGGCCUCAGACAACAGUCAGCGGUUUCAGGAGACGUGCUAUGCCUUUGCUUUGACGCCCCAGCAGGUCCAGCAGAUCAGCAGCUCCAUGGACAUCUCUGGGACCAAGUGUGACUUUGCGGUGCAGGUUCAGUUAAGGUUUUGUUUGUCAGAGACGAGCUGUGCCCAGGAAGACCAUUUCCCGUCCAACCUGUGUGUGAAAGUCAACAGCAAACCCUGCAACCUCCCGAGCUACCUUCCUCCAACCAAAAACGGAGUGGAACCCAAACGGCCGAGUCGCCCCAUCAACAUCACGUCACUGGUCAGACUGUCCACCACAGUGCCCAACACUAUCGUGGUGUCGUGGACCUCAGAGAUAGGCAGGAGUUUCUCCAUGGCAGUCUACCUGGCGAGACAGCAGACAUCCACAACCCUGCUACAGAGACUACGAGCCAAAGGCAUCCGCAACCCAGACCACUCCAGAGCUCUCAUCAAAGAGAAGUUAACAGCUGACCCUGACAGUGAGAUUGCGACCACCAGUCUACGAGUCUCUCUCCUCUGUCCACUGGGGAAGAUGCGUCUGAUGAUCCCGUGCAGAGCGUUGACGUGUUCCCACCUCCAGUGUUUCGAUGCUACUCUUUACAUCCAGAUGAAUGAGAAGAAACCCACGUGGGUGUGUCCUGUCUGUGAUCAGAAGGCCCCCUACCAACACCUCAUCAUCGACGGGUUGUUCAUGGAGAUCCUGAACAGCUGUGAGGACUGUGAUGAGAUCCAGUUUAAAGAGGACGGGAACUGGUAUCCCAUGAGGUCGAAGAAGGAGGUCACAGAGGUAUCUGCUUCAUUCAACGGCGAUGACGAGUCGCGUCGGACAGUAGAAUCGGAGCCCCACAGGAACAGCUCAUCCCACAGCAGUACCAAUAAGGUGGUGGUGAUUGAUCUGACUCUGGACAGCUCUUCAGACGACGAUCUGGACGAUGAGCCUCCUCUCAAGAGACCCUGUCCCUCCUCCUCCUCCUUGUCCCCUGCCUCACCGCCUAUCAGCAAGGGCGUGUUGAACCUCCACAGCCAGGUAUCUCCGGUGGCCAGAGCUCCCAGCAUGCCUCCUGUUGAGACCAGCUACAUCCCCCUCCACCCCCCCUCAUACAGGACUACAGCCACUACUACCACACCCCUAAUGACCUGGACCUCAACUUCUUCUCAUUCCUCCAGGGAGACAACCAUCAGCACUACAACAUGGUGAUGGCCGCAGCUGCGGCGGCCUCAGCCUCCGAUGACCACGACUUGCUCCUGAACCGCUUCUUGCCCUAUAGCUCCUCCCAGAUGUUCCUGGACCAAUCAGGGACCCCGGC